AAACCAUAUUGCGCGUUGUACUUAUAUAUAUAGGUAUUGACCUUUACUGACAGUAUAAUUUCACAGAUUCAGAGCUCAGCCUUAGUCUAUAUAUUCUCGCAACUGCAGAGCACAUAAUCUGUCGUGUGUGUUUUAUUUAAUUUAUUUUUAUUUUUUGCUAUUGCACAGCUGAGCUCUCCUCUAUAUACGAUCAACAAACCAGGGCAGCGCUAUAAUACGUUUCAGUCUGCCUGCCCUUUUUCUCUCUCUCUCUCGUUUGCCUAUCUUUCUCUCUCUUUUUUGAUAAUCAGCACCAGAGCAGAACAAAUCUAAUCCUCGGGGAUUUUUUUUGCGUUUGGAUUUCGGCGUCGUCAUCGCGCAAUUCUGCCACGACUGUAAGCAGCUGUUCUGCAUGAUCAAUCACAGAUGAGUAAAGAAAGUGAGGACCCUGAGGGGCACAGCAUUGCAGAUGUGGAAUUGUCCCUGACAAUGCCCAUCAUAAAAGAUUCGCCAUCCCCAGUUCAAGUAUGGAUGGAAAAAAUGGACCAAGGAAUCUUGUCCAAUACUCACUUCAAAGAGUAUUGGCGGAUUUGGGUUCCAAAAAUUUACAGGCUAGAACCAACCAAUAACUGUUUGGAAUGGAUCUUUGAUGAGGAAGACGCCCAAGAAGCUUUGUACGAUCCACUAGAAGAAUUCAUUUGCAAUGGAAAUCCCAGGGAAAUCUUGAAGCAGCUCAAUCAAAAUGACAGACCUCCGUCAAUAUGCGGCAGAGUCUUCAAAACUGGAGAUUCUACGUAUAGCUGCAGGGAGUGUGGGAUGGAUUCAACUUGUGUCCUUUGCGUAGAUUGCUUUAAACAGUCUGCCCACAAAAAUCACAAAUACAAAAUGGGAAUUUCGAUCGGUGGCGGCUGCUGCGACUGCGGUGACGUCGAAGCUUGGAAAAAGGAACCGUUUUGUAAAAUACACUUGGUCGGCAUUGAAGUGAAAGAUGCUCCAUCGAAUCGACUACCAGAUGACAUGUCCGAGAGAGCAGCAAUUACGUUCCAGGCUGUACUGAAGUACUGCUACGACUUGCUCUCAAUGGAACACAGUCCCGGUCUCCCCGCCGACCUAUGUGUUAAAGAAUCCACGGACGACUUGUAUUCGAAAAACGACACCUAUUGCACUGUACUGUUUAACGACGAGUCCCAUACGUUUGACCAAGUUAUCGUAACUUUGACUCGUAGUAUCGCAUGCACGCAAAGAGAAGCCAUAGAAUACGUCUCAAACAUCGACAGAGAAGGUCGGGCGGUCGUAAAGUGUUCGGAUUUUCAGCAUUGCAAUGAACUCAAGCAAGAGAUCGAAAAGUUCACGUCUCGCCACAACAAUCGACCCCUCAAAGUGCUCGUCAAGCAUGCACACGUUGUCGCCCAUCAAAUCUUUGCCAUGAAGCUUUUGGGAUGGCUACAGCAGUUUAUCAGCCAUUGCGAAGGCUUUCGAACGAUCUUUAGUCAGGUGGUACUCAAUGCCAAGCAUCCAGACCUUCCAAUUCUGAAGGGUAUACUCCUUAGGGACUUUCAGCUGUGGAAAUCAGCGCGAGCCUGCUGGCAUCGACUCUUCAUCUCGGGGAUGCUUACCGAGUACGAGAACAAAAAGUCCCUGGCCGUUGUUUUCACUCAAAACUACGGCAACGUGCUCAAGGACUUUAUCAACGACGAUCACGAUCAUCCCUAUUCUAUAGCUUCAAUGUCCGUUCAGUUGUUUACCGUGCCCACCCUGGCCCAUCUUCUUAUUGCUCAGCACGACGCACUGCACAAGCUGCUCAACACUUUCAUCUCGGAGUCUCAGUGCAGGUGUAACCCCCACGGCAAGCUCGAGUUCGAUCGAAAUAGUCCAAACAACGCGUUCAAACGUGCUCUCUACAUCCUCUAUGAUCUUCGUUAUCUGCUUAGUGCAAAGCCAGAAACUUGGACAAACGAGCUUCGUCGAGGAUUUCUGGAUGGCAUGCAGAGAUUGAUGCAGCUGCUAAACAUGAUGCAAUGGAUGGACGCGGUCGUUCGCCAGGUUGGACAGCACAUGGAGUAUGAGCAAGAAUGGGAGUCUGCAUUUAAUCUGCACAUUAAGCUAUCGCCUGUAAUAAGUUUGGCACUUGAGUGGUGUGGCUCGGACAGUUACGUGCUGAUUCGAGCUUUUAGAUUGGUACUGCAGAAGCUAGAAGAGCAGCCGGGCAAAGCGCACAUCAACUUCCGUGAGGUCGCCAAUCACUGUGCCUCCUGUAUACACUAUGACGUUUCGACCGAGCCGGUAUCCAUUCACCUGCCGCUCUCGCGGUUCCUUGCUGGACUCUUUCUCCAUCUUGAGAAGCACAAUCUGAGCUUCCAGGGAUCAGAGAUAAUCAGCAAAGUCACGAUAGAAGAGCUCAUUGAACCGGUGCUGAGAGCCCAGGCAAUGGUGUCUCAGGUUCAGGCGCAGAUGUGGAGGCGGAACGGUUAUUCUCUUAUUCACCAAUUGUAUUUCUAUCACAAUGUCAAGUGCAGAACAGAGAUGCUUGACAAAGAUAUUGUGUUGCUUCAGGCUGGAGCAGCUCUUAUAGAAAGCAAUGAAUUUAUUAUUCACAUACUGAACAAGUUUAAUUUGGUCAAUUGGGCUCAAACUGAUUUCGAGAGUGCUCUUCUCAAGACAAGCGAAGAGGAUAGCAUCCGUCAGACUAUUAAUCUCGUGGAAGAAUUCUUGGGACUUCUUAUAACAAUAAUCGGAGAACGAUACAUGCCGGGAGUAGGUCAAGUGACGCCAGACGAUUGCUUGAAGCACGAGAUAAUUCAGCAACUGUGCAUUAGUCCAAUGUCGCACUCAGAACUGAAUAAAACUUUACCAGAGGGUGUGCACCACGAGACGGGAAUGGAACGCGUAAUCAACGAGGUCGCAGAUUUUGUUAAGCCUAAAGUCGCCUCAGCUGGCAAAGGUGUAUAUAAGCUCAAACCUGAAUGUUAUUCCGAGUACAAUGUAUUCUUCUAUCACUACACAAAGGAGGAACUGAGCAAAUCUGAGGAAGCACAGCGUAAAAGGCGCAAGGCUAACAACGAGCUUGAAUGUUGUCCGCCUCCAAGGUUACCCAGACUAACGGAAAUGUUUAAUUUGGUGACUAAUCUGCUGCAGUGUGACGUCAUGUUGUCGAUGAUCUCUCUUGUUCUCACUCGUACCUUGGAUCUCAAGGCCAGAAGCUUUUCAGAAGCUCAAGUACACAAAGUUUUGCAUCUGAUUGGCUAUGCUUUGCAAGAACAAGAAUCCGGGUACUACCCGUUCUUGAAUUUCACCGAAAGAGCAGCCCAAUGGGAUAUUUACUCGUUACUCAAGAGUGUGAGCAGCAGCCCAAGGAUCGAGUCACAUAAAGAUUUAUUGACUUGGGUGCUUGAAAAGUACAGCGAGGUGACCGGUUCUAACGCAGUCAAAACCGAAUCAACUUCACCUGAGCCCACCAAAAGUGAAGAAUCCAAAAGUUCAGGUAGCCAAGAAUGGCGCAUGAAAAUGGCAGCGAAAAAACGAGCCCAAGUAAUGGCUCAGAUGGCUGCCAUGCAGAAACAUUUUAUGAAUAAAAAUGCCGAACUAUUUGAAGAAGCUGGGGCUUUAGACAGUGGUGUUAAAACUGAGCGAGGCUCGGCCAUGGAUCUGAGCGAGAGUCUCGACGAAACAUUGGUCGCUCUUGGCCCGAGACAAACGAACCGUUUUUGUCAUGAAAAAUCCUUCACGUGCAUUCUGUGUCAGGAAAAUCAGCCCGUCAAAGCAGAUCUUCCUGCUUUAGUGUUGGCGGCAUUCGUUCAACAAUCGACGGUGUUGUGCCAAUUGCCACCUCGGGAACGUAGUAAAACAGAGCCGACGUCGCUUUACUUGUCGUCACACCUGGGCGCUUCGCCGCACGCGAGUACCUGUGGCCAUGUAAUGCACGCAGCUUGCUGGCAAAGACACUUUGAUAACGUGCUUACCAAGGAAAAUCGACGACCGUACCGACUUCGACAACCAGUUAGCUUCGAUGUCGAGAAACACGAGUAUCUUUGCCCACUGUGCGAGUGUCUCAGUAAUACCGUUAUGCCACUGUUACCGUCCAUCGGUCUGCUCCAGCCAACCCCUACAGAACAGCCAGAACUGACGUUCGACCAAUGGCUCGAUAUUAUGAGCUCAGUUUGCAAGUGCAAGGGCGCUGAUGAAAAGAACAACGAUUAUGUGAGUUCGCACGAUGAGAGCUGCCGAUACUGUAAACUCAGCUCCCAAAAAAAUCCAGAAGUCGAAGCGGAAGCGGCCAAGACUCCACAGACACGGCCGAAUUUUGUGUCUUGUCCGAUCGAAGCAAUAAAAUCUCACGGCGAACUCGGUGACGCUCUACUAAAACUGUACAGCCAGCCCGGACCUCAACUGUCGACCAACCUCAUAGAGAUGAUCGAGCUGUUCACUCAAACGACCUACACCAAGGGCUUGAAAUGCGAUCCCGACGAUAGCGACCCUCGCGUGCCCUUGCUUGCCUGGCAAUCUACGGCUUACACCGUUCACGCGAUCGAAUUUCUAUUGCGAGAAACGGACAAGCCACUGCUCGGAGCUCUGUCAUCCAGACAGAGGGAUAGUAUUGAAGGCCUCGCGAGGAUAUCAGCCAUGGUGGGUGCUACGUGGCCGAGCAAAUCGACUCAGUCCACGUCCCCGACUGGAGUUUGUUCGGAAAAUAUCGCCGAGUUUGCUCUCUCUUGCUUAUCCCGUCUUCUCGACGAUAAAAACAGUAGCUGCGACCACAGCAUCUUGAGCUGGGACCCGUUUGGCAUGAUCGUCACAUUGAUCUCCUCCAUGGCAAAUUUGUUCAGCGCGAACGGUGACAAUCCAUCGAUCAUCACGGGAAACAUUGCGGAAAUCCAUGCCGUGCGUCUCGUGUUUACCGCUCUAGUCGUCAAAAUUCUCCUGCUCUCCAACUUCGAAGAAGACGAAAAAAUGGAUAUCGAUGACGACAUCGACUCCGACGUAAUGGAAAAGACCGAUGAGAUCGCUGACCAUAGCGCGCUUGCUGCGGUCCUGAAUUCUCUCAACGUUAAAACCGGAAAGUUAUCGCUGGCUGAAAUUUGGAAGCGGGUUAAAGAGUGCUGCGGCCCGUUCUUACGCUGCUGCAUUCUUUACUUUCACUACGUGACGGACGUUCCAGCACCGGUGGAGCUGACCGUGCGAGGCGGUGACACGUACGAGAAUAUAUGCCGAUACUUGGGCCUGCCGGAGAGCUCUGCUUCUCUGUUCGACUCUGACAAAGUCCUACAGUUGGCUGUUCAGUGGUCGAAGCAUCCGGGCAUGGUUGAAAAGGACAAGGCGGUUCGCGAGCCUCUAAAGAUAAAUCGGCUGGUCGAGCUGCCGGAUGACUACAGCGAACUCAUGAAUCAGGUGUCCAUGUUCACUUGUCCGAACAGCGACAAAGAGGACUCGCGGAAUCCAACAAAGUGCCUCGUAUGCGGCCACAUGCUCUGUUCCCAGAGCUACUGCUGUCAAACCGAUCUCAACAACGCCAAUGUUGGCGCGUGCACGAAACACGCGAGCCAAUGCGGAGCCGGCGUCGGUGUGUUUCUGCGCGUACGUGACUGCGAAAUUAUCUUCCUUCGCAGCCCGUAUCGUGGCUCUUACGGCUGUCCUCCGUAUUUGGAUGAGUAUGGCGAGACGGAUCAGGGCUUGCACAGGGGUAACCCGCUCAAGCUUUGCCCGGAGAAGUAUCAGCGCUUGAACGAGAUGUGGCUCAGCCACGGCCUCUACGAGACCAUCGCUCGGGCCACUGAGAGCUCGAAUAGCGCAUCCGGCCAGUGGCAGCACUUUUAAUUACUUAAAAACGUUGAAGUUUGUCGCGUGAUAAUAAUCGUGGUGAUAACGCCGUAGCUUUUCGGUAAAACAAAAGCCUUGAGAAAUUAUAGCGUGGAUUGUUGAACCUUUUGAUUGUUAAUUUUUUACUUGGUUUAAUUAAGUUCAAUUUUUUUCCUGGUCAUGAUAGCUUGUGAAAAAUAACACGAAUUAUUCUGUUAAGCAGCUCAGCUGAAUAGAUCUAAUGAAUACAUACAUCGACCAUUUUUUUAAAUAAUCUGAAAAUGAUGAUAACUCGCGAUCUUUUGAAAUUACAUGCCUCUUUUUGUUUUCUUCCAUCACUGUUUGGUGAUUGAUAAUCAUAGUUUUCAACAAAAUAAAGAAAAUUAACAAUCAAAAAGUGACAGUUACGCAAGAUUUAAACGCUCAUUGUGAUGUCAAAAAGCCACCAUAUUUUGAGAAUAAAAAUUAGUAUUAAAUAUGA